CUUUACUUGAGAGUAAGCUGCAGAGUUGUGUUCGGCACGGAACACAGUAAGUUGUGGGAGAGCUCAGGUCCCAGCAAGACCAACCUGGCCCUACUCUUUGUCAACACAAUUCUCGACAGAUAGCUAGAGCAGAGACAAUAGCUCCUGUCCUCUGCUUUCUCCGUGGCUGAGUCCACAGUAACCAACAGGAGACGAGACACCUUCAUCGCUCAAAUCCUCAUCACUGACGGAGAUCAGAAACACAAGACCUGGGCCAGGCAACACAGCACCACCACCAUGAGGACCUUCCUUGCUGCUGCUAUUGUUUUCUGCAUACUUCUGCUGGUGCAGGAGACUGUGCUGGGUGAACGGAUCAAUCGCCAUGAGAUAUCAAAUGAAAAUCAUCGAGUCACCAAGAUAGGCAAAGACGAUAACCCUGAUAACGACGAUGCUAGAGCUGGUGAGGUCGGAGAAUCGCGCCAAAAUAGGGAAGGUGUUCGGUCCAUUAGCGGAGAAGGGAAACGUCACCGACUCAAGAAGAUCGAAAAAGGGAAAAAUAACAAGAAUAAAGCAACAGGUCGCGGUGUGAAGAGUGAAAGUAAGAGAGAAAAUAAACUGAAUGAAAAACAAAGUAGAAAACUCGGUAAGAAACAAGAGAAUAAGUCAGGACGAAGAAAAAAUAAAGAAAUCAAGAAGAAAAACAAAAAAGGCAAGGGGGAGAAAGAAGAGGGAGGCGUAAAAGUCAAGAAGACAAAAACCCAAAGAAAAAUACCUAAGAAACCAUCAAAGAAAGGCGAAAAGAAACAAAGAAAAGAGAGCAAGAAGUAUGGUGAUGCGGAGAAAAAAAGCAACGAAGGGAAAAAUAAGAGCAACACUUCACGCAAAACUUUAAAAGAAUCAAGAGACAAAAAGAAAAAGAUUACAAAAAAAAUCAAGAAAAGUCAAAGCAAUUACAAGAAGCAAAAGAACAGCAAAAAUCCCAAAGAACAACAGGCAAAGAUAAGUCUGAAAUCUGAUAAACGAAAGUCCGAACACAAAACACCCAAAAAGUCUGCAGACAAAAAAGACUCUUCCGUAAUUGAGAAGAGAAAAUGCGUCAAAAGGAAGCCAUGCACGAAAGUUGGUGGAAACUGCAAAAAAAAUGGCUCUUGCAAGACCAAAGUAAUUGAAGGCAAAUGCAAGGGAGGUUCAUGCAGUUGUUGUUUAUCAAAAUGUGCAGCAAAUCCUAAACAUAAAUGCAAAAUAUACAAGGGCGUGUGUAAAAAGAAGUGUGGUGCUAAGGAGAGAAAGAUCUCCAACGGCUGCAAGAAGAAGAAAUGUGUGUGUUGUGCCCUGCCCUGCAAGCCCAAAAAUAAGUGUAAAGAGCACCAUGGCUACUGCAUCGACAGUAAAGACCAUUGUCCAGGAUGGACCGAUGAGAAGGAAUGCAAGGGGAAAAAAUGUGUGUGUUGUUACCCUGAAAAAAUGAGUCGUACAACAACCACGACUACACCAACAACUACUACUACUAUUACUGAUUAUGAUUUAUGUAGUGAGGAAGCAGAGUGGACACAGCUCGAGACUCUUAUGUGA